CAAUACGACAAGUCUGGUGCCGUGUAAAGUUUAGUUAUACUUGAUAUCACCAGCUGAAAAGUUUUUAGCAAAAUUCAUCCUAAGAGAUGUUGUUCCUGCAUGUUCUGGUGAUUUUAGGAGCAGUUUCAUUUGGUAGCAGUCAAAACUGUUGUCAACCCAACACAAAUUUAACCGCUCCACUCAACCAACUCCAGGCUAUCAGAGUAGCAUGUCAACCAAGAUUUACCUCGCCCUGUAAAUGGACCGUCACAGCCCCACCAGGAGCGGUUAUAGGAGUGGAGAUUACUUCGGCCACUAUCGAAUACCCUUCCAUUGUAGAAACUAAGAACGACGCAGGAAGUAUCUUAAACACAGUUUAUGGGGAAGGCAUAUUCACGGAAUUAAAAGCCGCAGGGACAUUUUUUACCAUCGAAAUUGAUCCGUCAGGCCUUAGCGGACCCGAAACGGGAGAAGAGGUCCUGGUUUUUAAAUACGUCGCCUCCAUUCCAACUGACACAGCUACUGCAUGCGGAAACCCUCCAGGGGAAACAAUUGAAUUGGAUAUGUUUGGUGGUGGGAAAAAGUGCAUCUCCUCCCCAAAUUUUCCGAAUCGGCAUGACAAUGACGCACACUGUACAUGGACGAUUGAAUCAGCUUACGGCAUUGGAUUCAACGUUGUUUUCUUUUACCUAGAGGACUGGUCGACAGAUGAUAUCUACUGUUACGAUCCUGUGAAAAUCAAUGGGGAAGCAAAGGAAUACUGUGCAAGAUCACUCCACAGUACUUCCAGGACCAACCAGAUUAGUCCAGUGGUAGUGGAUUUUACAACUGACUUUUCAGUGACUUUGCCAGGAUUUCUGAUAUGCUUCGAAACACUGGAAUCCGAUAACGACGAUGUGAUUAUUGACACCGUUUUCCCACUGGCAGCGGUCUUCGUCGCCUUUAGCUUGCUUUUUCACUUUUUUGAUACUUUUCCUAUGUAAAACAAUUGACACUUUUGUCUUUCAAUAAAUCUGUCCUGUU